AUGGCAACCAGAUCCACGUAUAUACUUGUUGACGACUCACAUGAUGCGGAAGUCGACUCAAGCGUUGCAUGUUUUGUCUUCAGUUACUGUAUUACGCCAAUAAACUUCAACAGAUCGAAUAAGACCGCAUUACUCAAAUUUCCUUACAUUGACCCACAACCCAACUUAGAGCCUCUAAAUUGGGCAACCUUAAGCACUUUUAUCAGAGAUAUCACUAAAAAAUCUAGAGUUGAUAAACCCCAUCCAAAUGGGGCUGAUUUAAUAGCUUCUAUUUCAGAUUUCCUACAAUCGUUACAGAUCCGAGGGAUCAACAAACAAAAGUCUUGUGAUGUAAUUGUGAUUUCACCGUUUCGGGAAUCCUAUAAUUGGAACAAAUAUAAACCUAAAAUAAUAGGUGUGCUUCAGGCUUAUCAGAAUUUGAAUCUUAUUUGCAUUGACUCGUCAGCGGGAACACCUUCCAAAUACCACGAUGAUAAUAUGCGAAUAUUGCAGGACGAAAUAAUCAAUGCCAAUGAAUACAACGAAAGGAGCCUGUACUGUUCUAUAAUUGAUGCACUUUUGGUGGUUACAAAGUGUGAGAUGCUGACACCAAAAUUCAAAAAACCAGUGGAGAUAUAUUCAUACAACCUAUCGAUUUUGGGGUUACCUGAUUUGGAAUUUUUGGUAUCUGCAUACCCUUUCGUAAAAAAGAACACAAUGGCAGACUAUGUUACAUUGAAACGGCUAAAUAAGGAGUCAAAGCUACCAGUGACAAAUACAAGCAAAUAUUAUUACACAAAGUUUGAUGAAUCCAAAGAUGAACCCGUAGAAACCGAGAUAACUAGCCCAGAAUUUGUUUUUGAAGGAUACAAAUUCGGUACUUCCAACUUCUUAUUGACAGAUUUGCCCCCAGGAAUAUUUCAAGCAGAAACGGUUAAAUCGAUGAUAAUAACGUCGUUUUUCCCCAAGGAGACCUUGCCUCCGUGGUAUUUGAAAAAUGACACAUUAAUCAUAUUCCCUUUCAAAACUAAAACUAAAAAGGACGAUAUAAUUUUGGACAGAGAUACGGCGAUGUUUUCAGAGCUAUGGCAAGCAAUGGCGAAAAAGGGAGUUUGUGCCAAUGUGAGAUUCGUAAAGAAAGCUGGAGCAGAUGUUAAAUAUGGUGUUCUUUUUCCUCAGGGAUAUAAAGAUUACAAAACAACCCACAUUGAUUUCGGAUGUUUUAUAUUUGUAGAAACAAUAUUCCAAGACGACGAAAAACUGGUCAGUUUGCCAAACUUAACGAAAAUCGAAGUUGAAGAAAAACUUCAGAGCGAAAUGGAUGAUAUGCUGGAUGACAUCAAUCUUGAUAAAGACGAGUCUGAUGAGCUAUUCCCUUUUGACAGUAUGGUAGUCGAAAUGAACCAAGUGACCAUGAACGACAUGUUCUACUAUUUGCGAGACACUGUGACAGAGUAUGAAGAUCUAAAUGAAAGAGACUUUGACAGGGUAACCAAGAAGUUAAGAAAAACCAACAACCCCCUACUGUCUUUUGAAAGGUUGAUUUACCUUAUUUCUGCUUACACAGUAUACCACCAUUUCAGCGAAGGCGGUCAUCCAUCGACCCCGUUGUACGAUAUGUUUUCGAAUGGAGAUAUUCCUACCCAGUUUAUUGACGUAUGGAACGAAAACGCAAAGGAGGGUUCAUUCAUUCCUAACUUCAGUUGUAGUCCGAAAACAGAAGACGCUUAG